CUGCUUGAUCUGGACCUGGACCACUGCAACCUCGAGGGCCCGACGGCCGCGGUGUUUACGGCCCUGACAAGGCUCAGGCUGGCGUCCUGCCUCGCUGGAGGCUCACUCUGGGGGCUGCACCUAAGCAGGGUGGCCCCCUGCCUGGCGGAGCUGCAGUGUGACGCGGGGAACAAUCUGGACUGCAUCGAACUAUUCACGGGCCAUGAGUAUGUGCGGGACUUUGUGUGCGUCGACAAUGACCGUGGCAACAUGUUCGACCCCAACGAUGAUGCCGCGGGGGACUUCCUGUGCUCGGCGCUCGACUUCCCUCAGCUUUCGCGGCUCACCUGGGUCCUGGGCGGCAGCGGUGCCGCCGGGGGCGGUGCCGGUGCCGAUGAUGUCGAUCGCAACGAGCCGCACCGUCUUUUGAGGGCGAUAUGCCUGCUGUCGCGCUGCUCUAUGCUGACGUCCCUCUCCAUCAGCACGCCGCGGUUCCGUCUGCCCGCACAACAGCUGGUGGCUUGCAUCGGUGCGGCGGUGGGAGACACGCUCAUGGACCUGACCCUGCUCGACUGUGCGUUCCCCACAGACACCGCCGAUGCGAGCCGGGCCCUGUGCUCCCUCCCAACUCUCUGCAAGCUUCGCGCGCUCACAGUUCACCUCCCUUGGCCGUUUUUCCAUGGGGGUGCUGGGAGCGCCCAUGAUCGGGUGCCCUCACUCGAAGAGGUCGUGCGCGCUCUUGUCAGGCCCCUUCCGUGGCUGCGGAAGGCUGUGCCGCUCAAAACGAUCACCCUCUGCUGCACGCGCCACCGGCGGGAGCGCCUGGUCCAGCCUUUCAGCACGGUGUGGUGUGGCGAGCUGUGCGCGGCCAACAGGGGCCUGAGCAUCGUGCUGACGUGA